AUGGCCAACCCUCCCCCCGUUCGUCGGGGCUCUUCCACAGGCCAUCUACCUCCACAACCGCUUGCGCCCGUGACCUCGACGUCUAGCAAACCUCCGCCGCCACCGCACACGACCAAGACAGCUCCUCCCGAGAUCGAUAGCCCCGUGCAUCCUUCUCUUCUCCAACCCCGUGUCGCCGUCGUUCUCAAUGUUCCCAAGCCAUGGCACCCGUGGCUUUUUGCCCUGCGGCUCUUCUCUAUUCUCCCGGCGUUGUGGUGGGGAUUGCCUUCUGCGCUUCAACUACUGUUACGUGUCCUGCCAGGACCGGAGAUUGUAGUUGUUGUGCCUUCAACGACGGGAGGAUCUGUGGCUAUGAGUGUCGAGGCAGAUGCGCGGUACGCCCUGACUGAGACUGGGCUUGCAACUAUAUGGUGUUUUGCUUCGGGAUAUUUAUCAUUCUUCUUCACGGACUGUCUGAUGUCCAGAUGGCUCAUCAAUUAUACCCCACAAGCGACCAUGGUUCGCCUGCUCACAACCAACUUUUGUAACGCAUAUCUCACUGCGUUUGUGCUCUCUUUCACGGGUGGUUUCCAAGAUCCUCGUCUCCUCCUCCCAGGCUGGGUUGGCAUAGCCACUACUCUUACCAUGAUGUAUCACGUCACUCACCAAAAGAUCAACAUUCGCAAGGAGACGUCCACCUCUAUCAACGUCUUCUCCAUAGCUUGUUCCAUCACUAUGGUGACUCUGCUGGUACACCUUCAUCAGUCCACACCUGACUACCCCCAGAUGCCAAUCGUAGCUUCUGGUCGGCGCGCCUUUGAUGAGGCUUCGCGCGUUAUCACUCAGAUCAGGGGAAGUAUCGAGCAGCAUGAAGAUCUGUAG